CGUUGCCUUUGCUAACAACGGCCACAUUUCAAACUAGAAUGGCGACCGCUCUUUGCGGUCUGCAGUCAACCGGCGGUAACAGUAAUCCAGCAAAGACCCACCGAGAGCACCGGAGGAGAGCGAAGGAUUCAAGGAGGAGACAGGCAGCUCUGUUGUUCCUUACUAACAUCUCACUCGACGGACGGCCCAAGUGUCAGCUUAGCAAUGGAAAUACUGACACCGAGGAGCACAGACUCCGGGUCAGAGACGGCGGCGCAACGGUCGUGCCCCUGCCGGCGGAUAGCCAAGGACCGUUCCCCCAGGUGACAGAACCCGCAGCGGCAGGUAGUGGCUCGUCCUCCAGUUUUCCAGGGGUGGUCAGUCCAACCCGACCUUCUUUGGUAAUGUCUCCGGGACUUGCCGGGGCAAGUGCUGUGGGGGCUAACGAGGUAUUUUUGGAGGGCGGGAGUGCGGCCGAAACGCUAACCCCAGACACCCCUCUGUCUCCUGGACCCAUCGGACACCAGCCCUGCUCCCGUGUCAGGUCAAUGCCCACCGCACUGAGCCCGGUCCCGGCCGGUAGUUCUCUGGAUUCACGGCAGAGGCUGAGGAAUGUCUCUGGUUCUCCGGGACCCAAGGUGCCAAAGAAAGUCCAUUUCAUCAAGAGUAUGAGGCAGUAUGAUACCAGAGGAAGUAGGAUCGUGCUGAUUUGUGCCAAGCGGUCACUAUAUGCUGCUUUCUCAGUGCUGCCCUAUGGAGAGAGUGCUCACCUCAGUGAUCCUAAGAUGGAGGCUCAGAGACAAAGGCUGUCUUCUGUGGUGGCUGCUGACCUGCUUCCCUGCCUGGAAGGUGUGGAGAUGGGAGCCUGUGGCAAGACGGUGUCAUACGCUCAGUUCCUUUAUCCGACAAAUGCGUUGGUGAGACAGAAGAGUGGCGGCGUGCCAGAGAGCUGCACAGCUCAGACCACUCAGUCCCGUUUCCGUGGCAACGGGCAGAGGAACUUCACCCCUGCGCGUCUGAACAACAGUGUGGCACAGGAACAAUGUGUAGAGGAGGUGGCAGAGUAUGAUCCUAACCUGCUCAGUGACCCUCAGUGGCCCUGUGGGAGACACAAGAGGGUUCUGAUAUUUGCAUCAUACGUGACGACUGUUAUUGAGUAUGUGAAACCAUCUGACCUGAAGAAGGACAUGAAUGAGACUUUCAGGGAGAAGUUUCCUCACAUCAAGCUGACUCUGAGCAAGAUAAGAAGCCUGAAGAGAGACAUGCGGGCCGUGAGUGAGGAGUUCGGUCUACAGCCGGUCACGACAGCGAUGGCUUUUGUUUAUUUUGAGAAGCUGGUGCUGCAGGGUCGCCUCAACAAACAGAACAGGAAGCUGGUGGCGGCGGCGUGCGUGCUGCUGGCUGCAAAGAUCAGCAGUGAUCUGAGGAAGCCAGAAGUCAAACAGCUCAUUGAUAAGCUGGAGGAGCGUUUCCGUAUAAACAGACGAGAGCUGAUUCCUCUGGAGUUCCCAGUGCUGGUUGCUUUGGAGAUGGGACUUUACCUGCCCGAGAGCAAGGUCAUGCCGCACUACCGCAGACUGGUGCAGCAGGGUUAGACUGGACAUGGUGAUAUCUGACACUCUAGGGUUUAAAAACAUCAGCAAGGGGUGUGUGUGUGUGUGUGUGUGUGUGCGUGUGGUAAUUAGGACUUAGAAUCAGAGUCAGUGUACGGUUGCAGUGGUAUGAGGGUAUUUUUGGUUGAUCAAAUGCUCUAUUUUAAUUUCGCUGAAUAUUAUGUCCUGACUAGGGCUGAACAAUUUAUCGAAAUUACAAUAUGGCCCUACCGCAACUUUCAAAUCGCAGGAGGUGCAAUAUUUGUUAAAGGCAAAAUGUGUGUCAAAAUUAAAUUUUAAAUAAAAUAAAAUAUUGGUACAGAUACAGAAUCAAUAUGUGAAAAUUGAGAAUUAUGUUAAAAUGAUCAUUCUCUCAAAUAUCACAAAUUGUAUCGCAAUUACAUAUUUUUUUCCAAAUCCUUCAGCCCUAGUCCUGACAGACAUAAAACUUAAAAUAAACCUUUUUUAAUAACACUAAUACGGUAGAAUUUAAUACCGUAGAUAAGCAAAUGUAAAUCGCUAGAUAACUGUCAGUUUUAAUAUCACAGUUCACGGCUGCAAUUGUAGCUGAGGGAGCGAGUGUGUGUGUGGUGUAUCGACCAGUUUAUAAGCUGUGGUGUUUGAAACAAUGAAUUUUGGUACUAUUUACUUUCUGUCAGUCGUGACUUAAGUCACUCGCUGUAUAUGAAGAAUAACUAGUUUUUACACUUGUUGGCAUGUGCAUCUCUCUGAAUGUGUUUGUGUGACGUUCUGAUGUCGAACCAGUCAUGAGCUCUAUGUUAGAGAUGUUCAAUGAGCACGUUAAUUGUGCUUUAAUUGUGGUUUCCCCGUGACCCCUUCUUUUUUUCUUUUGGUACGUCGUAGUAUUCUGCACCUCCUAUUUACAUGAUAUGUACACUGUGAUGUUUGUAUUUGUGGAAAAUGCUUCUCCUGCACCUUUCUCAUUGCUAUAUGCACUCCCUGUAUAGUAUUUAUUAUAAAAUGACAAAGAACCAUACUGUUGAUUUUGUAAAUGCCUUUUAAACUCCACUGUGACAUUGAAGCGUUAGCUGGCUGAACCAUCAUACUGUAGAUUGUUGGUGAAAGACAUGACUUUAUUUUCCUUCUCUUAUUAGAGAAGGAAGUGGCCUUUAAUUUGUUUUCAUUCGAUAUUUGUACUGUAUUUCAUAUAUUUAUCUUAUUCUUGAAUAGAAUGGAUAAUUAUUUUAGACUUUUGCGGCAGCUCUGUCAGACUUUGCAGAUAUACAGUAUAAACCCAGUUGUACUGAAUGAAAACAUGAUUGUGGAGGCAUAUUAUUUAUAGUUAGUUUUUGUAUCACAUUGUUACCCAGGGAUAUGUUUUCGUAAAGUGCACUGGAAUUUAUUGUUUUGUUUUUUUUUUUCUUUAUAUUUUUUUAAGUUCUCAGGAAGUUUACUUUCUCAUAUCUUUAAAUGGCUCAUUAAAUCUAACCCAAAGAGAAGUUUAAACAUUGUUACUAUGGCUGUUAUAACUGAAAUCACCUGUGCUCCAUUGUAAGUCAAUGGAAGGUAACUGAUUGUAGUACUUUGACAAUAUGGGGAAAAGCAACCAUUGUGACUCCUUUUAUGUGAAUAGAUGCUUCUACAUGUGCCAGACGUUGUUAACCAAACUGCAGAACUUAUUGUGUAGUGGCUAUUCAGAUUGGAUGCCAUUAGGCAUAAACGUGUGUGUGGGGGGCGGGGGGGUACAAGUGCCUGAAACUACAGUGGCAGUGAAGUGGCCAUAUCGUAAGUGAUAUUUAGCGUUGGCAUUACUUGCUGCUGUAGAGGUCUUUAAAUGUUGAGGUUGUUCUUAUCUGUCAAAGAGAUUAAUCAGACUUCUCAGAGCCGUGGACAUGAUGGUGAUUCAGUUUGUUGUCUGUGUCUGCAGUGGUGGAAAAAAAAAUGUAUUACAAUAAAUGUCCAAACACAUUUGUGUAACUGCAGAAAUUGUUGUACUUGUAUGGUUGGUGUCAAAUUGGUGAAUAUUCAUUGUUUUAAACUGUGAAAUUCAAUGUUUUUGAAAUAUAUUUUCAGACACUGAA